AUGUCUUUGUUGACAAGAGGAACAGGUACAAGGUACUACCACGCCUUCCUAGCCCUAGGACCAGGCGGCACGCCCUCCACACCCACAGGCUACCUCCGCAUCAGCCUCCUCCGCCUGAUAGCCCUCCGCAACCCACUCACACCACCACUCAUCCCCUCAACCCUACACAACCCCCAAGGCCUCCUCCGAACAUCCUCCUCCACCACACACUUCCUCCCCACACGCCCCAUCCCCCGCCCCCUCAUCUCCGGAAUCGCCCCCCAGCGCCAACUAACACACAACAACACCAACACCAUGCCAUGGCUCUCUUCAUCCAUCCCCUCCACCAAUACCUCCAACGGCAGCGAAAUCUGCCACGCCCACCCCUCAGACAGAAGCCUGCACCUAACCCUCCACCCCGCAGACGUAGCCACCACCAUCGAGCGCGGCUGGGCGCAGCGGCAUCCGCUCGCGCGCGAUAAUGAUACCCUCUGGUGGCUGGGGCGGUGCGUGCCGGCUGGGUUUGUGAUGGUUUAUGCGCCGGGGGAUGGGCAUGAACUGCGUUGUGUGCUGGAGAUUGUACGCGCUGCUGCUUGGUGGGUUAGUGGGGAUGGGAUGGGUGGGGGUGGGACGGUGGUAGACUUUGGGGGGCUUGGUGGUGAUAAUACUUGA